AUGAUUCUUGCAAACAUACAGACACGGGACGCCUUGAAUCUACGCCUGGCAUCUCCGUCCUUCCUGCCGCUGUUCUCGAGCCUCUCCUUUUGGCUAUCGCGAUUCGUACCUGACGGUGAAAGGGGCUUCAUCUUCGAAGUCGAGGAGGAAAGGGGAAACUGGGGAGUAGAUGCGCUCUUGAAGAUUCACCACAGUUCCAAACGCUCUCUUGGGCAUCCGGCAAUUACGAAUCGGAAGCGUACGUGGAACUUGGCUCGAAGGCUAGCCUCACUCAUCGAAACACCUAAUAUAAGCAACAAUUCAAGUGAACAAACGUUUGACUCGUGGGAGUGGAUUGAAAUCACCGGUAGUGAGCACAUGAUUGAUCCUGCGUUGCCAUGGGAAAAAUUCCAGGCGGGCUGCCGCUCAACCACAAGAACUGUUGUCAAUGUUCCCCCUGAUAUCACCCAGAUAGGCAUCACCAUUGUCAACGCUGGUGUCUGGAACUAUGUUACGGGCAUUAGGCUUAUUGGCCGUGAUGGGAAUGAGCACGCUGCCGGUUAUGUAUCCAAGGACAAAGAUGUCUUAUGUCAUCUGUCACAACUACAUGGUCUUCGGGUGGCCAUGGGACCAGGUGGAGUGAGGGCAUUGCAAGUCGUUGCUGAGGGGCAACAAGUCUCUAAAUGGAUUGGGAACAUUGAGGGGGUACCACAAUCCGACCGUCUGGUGGUAGGAGCGCCAAUUACCAGUUUGAGCGUCACGCUUGAUGGAUACAAGGUCACUGGCCUUAGUGUCGAUAGUAGUCAAGCCCAGCCUACGAGCAUUCGACGCACAGCGCUAUGGUAUCCUAGCGUACCACCGGAUUGCUUGUUGCUAAACCAGAACUCGUUCACAGACCAGGACCCGCUAUCCGCUGGCUACCAACCUUUGUCUUGGAUUCAAUUCGGCGGCGAGGCAGGCAAAAGCUUGAAGCAUGUUCAGGGUCUUGUAGUUCAAUUCUCGUACUGCCUGCAUGGGUUGCAAUUCAUGUACAAUGAGUCUCAUGGGACACAGUAUUCAGAUAAGCUCGGCCGCUGCACGGAAAGAAAGUUGCGGGACACAUUCUUUUCAAUUGAUGGAGCCGGAGGAGAGAGGAUUGAGUUGAUCCAUGUUGGCUUGCGCGAGAUGGACGAGGACUCGCCUGAUUCCGUUGUUCCUGGCACAGUGCAAUAUCUCGAGAUGACGACAAAUCGAGGCCGAAAGGUAUGCAUUGGUCAGAAUUCAGAUGACUUGAGGUCGUGGUCCAACAGCGCCACUCGAGGAACGACAAUUACUGGCUUUUAUGGACACUAUGAUGGUGCAUAUGGAUAUGGCCUUGUAAGUCUGGGUGCUAUUUCGGAACGCAUCGUCGAUCCAAUUUGA